CCUGGCGCCCAGUGGGGACCUGGGGGAAUGUCCCGGGUCGGGCUGUCUGAGUCGCUCGCGUCGCUCCACCCGGCUGGGCUGUGUGUGCAGGGCCUGUCUCUCCGCGGACCGAGAUGGCCGAGCAGUCGGACAAGGCCGUGAAGUACUACACCUUGGAAGAGAUUCAGAAGCAUAACCACAGCAAAAGCACCUGGGUGAUCCUGCACCACAAGGUGUACGACUUGACCAAAUUUCUGGAAGAGCAUCCUGGUGGAGAAGAAGUCCUGAGGGAACAAGCUGGAGGGGACGCUACCGAAAACUUUGAGGAUGUGGGCCACUCUACAGAUGCUCGGGAGCUGUCCAAGACGUACAUCAUCGGGGAGCUUCACCCAGAUGACAGAUCAAAGAUAACCAAGCCUCCGGAAACUCUUAUCACUACUCUUGAGUCAAAUUCCAGCUGGUGGACCAACUGGCUGAUCCCUGCUGUCUCCGCACUGGCUGUCGCCCUGAUGUACCGCAUCUACGUGGCUGAAGACUAGUACCUUCUCAGAAGCCAGUGCGAGAAGAGACUGCUUUGGACAAGGGAGACUAGAAGCCAGUGUUCACUACUUCAGCUGACAGAAAACUUCACCUGAAAAAUGCUUUUAAUAUGUCUUUCCCCUUUCCUCCUUCAUUAGAAACAAAACAAAAAGAACUGUUCUUUCUACUCUUGAACCUUUCAAGUGUGCCUUUUCAUUCAUCAUUGAUGAGACAUCAUUGAUGUUUUUUCACUAUGUAAUUUACUUAUUAUAAGCACGGUCCUUUUAAAAUAUAUCUGGCUUUUAAAACA